UUCAACCCUAUUGGUUUAUAAACUCGAAGCAUCACGUGAUGGGGAUGGAGAAAAAAGUUUUUGACUCCACGUAGUGUUUACUGUUAACAGAUUUUUUGUUAUUGUUGUUCGCACUGAAAUGUCAAUCCGCUUUAUCCGUUGUGUAACAAAUACUAGUAAUCGUAAAACGGCCACUAACAAGUUUCCCCGUACAUGAUGAUCCUUCGUGAUGAUAUCAUCCUUAACGAUGCUUUGUACCCCCAUAAGAAUAUCUAUGAUCGGGCUACUGUUCUAUUACAGAAUCUUCCGUUUCGUUUGCUUAGUAAAAUAUCUAAAGAAAACUUCGAACCGUUUAAUUCCCAAAAAAUGAGAGUCCAUUACUCGAAACGUUUCCCAAGUAUGUGCAUGAGCUCAACAUUCUACGAUGAUAUAAUGAACAUCGCCGAAAUGCAUGUUCAUUAUUACCGUAAGUAUCUAUUUUGAUAAUAAUUUUUAUGGUAAAUAAAGCAUGCCAUUUUGAACAUGUGUUUGACAUCAAUAAACUAUUAUAACUAAUGUUAUUGAAUGCUAACUUUUGUACCAGUGCCGUGAAUACAUUAAAUUAAUGUAAUUAUUAGUUAUAAAUCUUAUUUUAUUUUAAAUAUUAAUCAAUUCAUUUAAACAAAUUUAAAUAAUUAUUACUGGUCUAAAAAAUAUACUUAACACAAUCACAUAUUAUAUUUUUAUAGGUCCCUGCCUAAAUCAUUUUAUAAAGAAAUUAAAUUAUGAAUAAAUACACUAUUUUAUUUUUAAAUGAAAGUUUUUGAUAAUGUAUUAUUUAAUCAUAAAAACAAAUGGAUAAUUUAAUUAUUUUACAUACAUUUAAUUACUUCAUAUACUUAUCUCAUAUUCCUAACUUUUUUUUGUAUUUACAUAAACAAAAAAUUGUAUAUAAAAUAAUUCAAAACAAUUGUUUUAGAGUAUAAUUUAGCAAUUUAAUUUCUUAGCAAUCUUAUUAAAAGUAUAUGAAAGAAUUUAAAUUUAUAUAAUAUAAAAAGUGUUGUUUCUAACAAUUCUAUUGUAUCCUGUGUCUUACAUGGAAUAUUUUAUGACUAUUAUUUUGAAUGUGCUAGUUUAAGAAAAUACGUGAAAAUAUAACAAUAUAGUCUAUGGCAUACUGCACAUUUACUAUGGGUAAAUAUAUCAUUGAAAGGAUUAAUAAUAAUGGGCACUAAUAUUCUAGUGAUAACUAUAGUAAACAAUAAUAUUUUAUACAUUUAUAUUUCUAUAUUCAGCAGAUUGGUCAGCUAAUAAAUUUAAUUUUUCUUAAAUUAAACUGCUAACCAGUUUGCUUGAGGUGAAAUGAACAAUUGCAUUGUUUUAUCUGAAAUCCAAUAUUAUAUGGAUAUAAAGUGAUAGAAAGUGACCCACAGAUUAUCAGGUUAUGCCAUAAAAAAAAUACCAAAAAUAAGACAGCGUGAUUAGUAGGUAUACAUUUAUUAUACACUGCCCAAUGUAAUUAGAUUCACACUACGGCCAACAAGAUGCCUAUAGUACACAUACAAUGAUAAUAAUUAACUGUAAUAUACUACUAUGAUAAUUUUAUUUUUACAUGUACACAGUAUACCGGUGAAUUUUCAAUACAAUUUUGAUAGUAUAUGAUGUAUAGGAGAGCAUGGUUAGAGCAGAUUUGAAUGAAAAUUACAUUAUAUUUUAUAAUAUUAGACCUGUAGUUUAGAGGUUUAUAAAUAUUGUAUAACUUAUUAUAACUCCAUACAUGCAAGAACUUUUACUAACAUAAGUAGCCUAUCAAACCAAAAUUUGGAGAAUUUUGUAUGAUUUGUUCCAAAAUAACUGUUAGAAUUAUGUCUUAGAUGUAUCAAUAUUCAAUGAUAAACAUUAGUUAAAUUUAUUUUAUUUUUUAAUAUUGAUUUUUUUGAGAAAUUAAAAUUUGUAUUACUCCCAUUAACCAUUUGAUGGAAUAGGCCACUAUUGCGCUCAAUCCCUCAAUUAUUCAUAAUGUUUGCACAGUAGAUAUACUACUAGGACAUUAGGUAACAAAAUUUAGGAUACGUAAAAAUUAUUCUAAACUUAUGAUUUUUGAUCUUUGUUUCCAAAAAGUUCUUACCUUAGAUCAUAGGUUAUAGACAGGAAUUUAAUUUAUAUCUGUAUGCAACGAUUAACUAUUGCUAACGAAAAACAAUUUAGAGCAAAGUUCCAUUAUACAUUUUUUGAAAGACCUUUUCGUCAAAAUUUAAUAUAAAGUUCUUAUAAAAAAAAUUCUUCAUUAAACUCAAUUUUAUUUUUAUUUUUACCACGAUGUACAACUUGUAAUAAACCACUUGUUUAAUUUUCAAGCAUUUCUAUUUAGUCUAACAAUUUUAUCUACAGAGUACCUACAAAUAAAAAUUAUACAAAACUUGUAAAAUUAAAAUGUUUAUAAAUAACUUUAAAAUGACCCAAAUGUUUUGAAAUUAUUACCAUGUUUAGAAAAGGCAAAUAUAAGUUUUAUCUCCAAAUUUAAGUUUCCGCAAAUAUUUUUAACUGAAUUACAACAAAAAUAAAAAUUAAAAAUAAUACAUUUCGUAAAUUUUCCUGUUUUUUCCAGUUAUUAUGAAAAUAAUAAUUAAAAAUUGUUAUCUUAAAAUUGCCAAAAAAAAUCAAAAAAUGAUCUCUUUAAAGUUCCAAAUAGAUAAAAUUUUCUUUCAAAAAUGGUGCUACACUUGAUACAAAUUUCUAGUAAAAAGUUGUUCACAGAAUAAAAAAAAUAAACGUCAUUGUAAAACCAAUAAUUUCUUCGUCUAUGUUUCAAAUUUAAAAUAUUUAAAUGUACUAAAUUUAAUUCAAAUAACUUUUUUGCUUUCAUUAUAUUUAUCUGUCUUAAGAAUUAAUUAAUGUUGUAACUGAACUGCCUGCACCCGUCACAAGCAACGCUAUUUUCGGGGCAGCAUUAACAAUUUAAAAUUUCUUGUACUGCUUUUUAAAACUUAUUGACAAUAAAAAUUAUUGUUAUUAUAUUAAUUUAUAAAUAUAAUGGUUUCCGUGAUUCAUUUUAGUUUUAUCAUAGUUUUCUUUAUUUUCAGUCAUUUUUGUUUACAAGUCACAAAUACUUGAGUUUUGUUAACUGUUAUUAUUUUUUGAUUUUUCCAAGUUUUUCGCUCUAUGAACAAACUGUUUAACAACAAUAUAUACAAUUGUUUUUCUUACAAACACAAUAUUAAUUAAUUAUAUUGAUAAUUAAAAUUUAAAAAUAAAAAUAUAUAUUUUCUAUUAUCAUUACUUAAACAAAGUAAUUCAAUAGUUUUAUUAUACUGAGUUAUAUGCUUACUCCAUGGGAAUGAAAAUAACAUUGUAACAUUGUAGGUUAAAAUCGUGUUAACAUGCAAAAUAUUUUAAAUCAGAAAAUAAAAUUUCUAAUUCACAUUUUAGAUCUAAAAACCAUACACAUUUUCUAAAAAAUAAAGAAAAUGACUAAAAUCAAAAAUUGCAAAAUAAAAUGAAUUAAUAACAAAAUAAUCAUUACACAGUAAGCUUUGAAAGACAAUACAAAGUGUAUUCCAGCCUUAAUUAUGAUUGAAGUGUAACAAAUAAGUUAUUUUUUUUUUUUUUAUGAAAUUUGUUUUGAUAAGAAAAAACAGAAUUGUUUUACACUUAGUACUUAAACAAUAUCUAUUGUUAAUAUUAUUAUGAAUAACUUAAUUGGCACAAGAUUUUUGUGCUACACAUAUGUAGUGAAUGUAAAAAUAAAGACAGGAACUUACUAAUAUUUAUUUUUAAAUUUACAGAAUCUCGUUGGUUUGAUUUUAGUCAAAAAUAUUCCGAAUCAUCUUCCAGCGAUUAUCCAGUUCCAUGGGGUAAUUGCUCAGUGUACAAACCAAUACAAACAACAAAUACAUUUGUUCAAAAUGUGGAUUACAAGUACAAUAACAAUCAAAAAAAAAAUUCUAAUAGUCAUACAGUUAAAAUUCAAUUGUCCAAAAAGCUCGUAACUACUCCAGUUCCAACAACCAGUCCUAUUGAAUUGUGUUCAUCAUCUAGUUCACCCAUAAAUGUUAAAGAACCUGAAACACCUAUUAAAAUUGUGUCUAAAAGUAAUCCUGAUUUUGAAAAGUCACCUGAAGUGAAUAAUAAUAAAAUUUCUAAUAUUACUGAGAACGAGGACAUUAAAAACAGAAGUAUUACCUUAGACAAUUCUAAGUCUAAUGAUAUUACUGACGAGAAGGCUGUAUCCUAUGCAGAAAUCAUGAAAUAUUCAAAACCAAAACAAUAUUUACUAAUUAAAUCUAAUAUUGUCAAAGAAUCUAAAAAAGGAGAACCUAAUAAAUCCAAUAGGAUUCCCCCAUCUAAAAAAAUAUCAAUCAAGUUCCCAGAUGGUCCAUAUUUACCAAAUAAUCAACAUUGUGCAUUUUGUAAAAAUAAUGGUGAAGACGAAAAUCUAUAUAGAACACAUUUUGUUAAGGAUGAGUUAGGGAAUGUGAAAUGUCCACUUUUAUCAAGGUACACAUGUCCACAUUGCAAAGCAACUGGACCUAAAGCACAUACUAUAAGUCGAUGUCCAUUAAGUAAUAAAAACAGAAUAAACAGAUUCAAUAAACAACAGUGACAAAU